AUGUCUAUUACUCGAAAGAAAUCAGCAACAUCAUCAUUACCGACCAUUGAUAAUCAACAAACAUCUGUAUUAACAACAAAUAAUAUAUCUGAUAAUACAAAUGUUAUAUUAUCAAAUAAUUUAUCAAAUCUAACUGAAUGUAACAAUCAAAACCAGUCAAUACAUGAAGAAAAUGUCAAUUUUCAAUUCGAUGAUAUUAAUAAAGAUAAAAUUCGUCGUAUUGUAUUAAAAGAAGCAAUAGGAUUAGAUUUUAAUUCAUUUUUACCUGGCAAUGAUGAAACUCAAAUACAUUUUAUAAGUAAUGUUCAACCUUUAUCAAUAGCUGAUGAAGCUGGUUUACGUGAUGGUGAUCGUAUUUUAACUGUUAAUGGUUUAGAUGUAACAAAUACAAAACAUGAAGAUAUUCGAUAUAUGAUAUUAAAUAAAACACCAGUACAAUUAACAGUUAUUCAUGAUCCAAAAUAUUUAAAAUUAAUUGACAUCAUUAAAUAUAAUCAAAAUAAAAUGACUUCAUCAUCAAAUAAUGUUCUAUUUAUUGAUGAUCAAGGUCCAGUUUAUAUAAAACAUUGUAUUAUAAAAAAAGAAUCUACUAAUAAUACAUUAGGUUUUUCGUUACAAUAUAAAAAUAAUUUUCAUACAAUUGAUUCUAUUGAAAUUAAUUCUUCAGCUUAUAAUAGUGGUUUACGUAAUGAUGAUGUGAUUUUAUUUGUUAAUAAAAAGAAUGUUGAACAAAUGAAACAUGAUAAUAUUAAAUUACUUAUUCAAACAUUAGUAAGUUCAAAUGAAAUUAUUGAUUUAAUACUAAUUAAUAAAAAUGAUAUAAAAAGAUAUAAAAAUUAUCAAGAAAAAAAUCGUAUUGAUUGGAAAACUAUUCUAUCAAAUAAUAAUGAAGAUGAUAAAAAUAAAAAACAAACUGAACAACAAUCUUCUUGUGUUAAUCAUCAUCUAUCAAAUAUUCUAUGUGAAACUCCAACAAGUUCUCUGCUCACUGGUAGUCGCAUUUGUCUUUUAGAAACAUCGGAAAAUGGUACAGCUGGUUUUGCAAUUAAUAAUACUGGUCCACCACCAUUUAUCAUUUGUAAAAUCGCAAAAAAUUCACCAGCAGAAAAAGCUGGUUUACAAGUUAAUGAUAUACUUUUAUUCAUUAAUGGAAAAUCAGUUAUUGAAACAAGUUAUAAAGAUACUGCUCAAAUAAUUACAGAAGCACUUCAACAGAAAACCGUUCAACUUGUUGUUAAUCAACAAUCAUUAUUAAAAGAAAAUGAAACAAAAAAGAAAAGUCAAUCAUCAGCCAGUGAUGGUAGUGGACAUAACAAUGUUCGAAAUAAUGGUGUAGAAGAACGAACACAUACUGCUGUAAAUAUUGUAGAAGAGUAUCAAAGAAAACGAUGUAAAGAAUUAUCCUAUACAUUACGACUUUGUCAUUUAAAUGCAACAAAUACUGACGAUACACCAGCAACAACAUUUGGUUUUGAAAUAACUGAAGAUCCUCAAUAUGAAUAUCCAAUAAUAUCACAUGUUGAACCAAAAUUACCAGGUGAACGUGCAGGUUUACAAACACGAGAUAUAUUAUUAAAAAUAAAUGAUCGAAAAACAAAAGGUUUAAAUUUUGAUAAAGUUAAAAAAGCAAUUGAAAAAGCUAAAUAUGACGGUCGAUUAGAAAUUCUUGUUGUUGACAAAGAAGUAUUUAAUUAUUGUAAAUUAACACAUAAAAAAUUUAAAGAACCUGAUAUUAAAGUGAAACAUAUUUUUCCAAAAAGUAAACCAUCUACAAGUUUUCUAAAAUUACCUACAAUAGCUGCAACAUCUUCACUUAUGUCACAAGAUAGUACAGAACGUUUACAUCAUGGGAUUUCUUCAUUUAAUGUUCAUCGUCUUGCUACACAAAAAGAAAUAUCAUUCGAGAAUGAAGAAGAUGAUGCAAUCUUACCUAAUAUUCGUUCAACAAUUAAUUCUGAUAUUCCAUUAUCAAAUAAUUCAUCUGAUACUAUCAUACGUACUUCUUUUAUUCACGAAACACCAUUUACAUCUAUUGGUCCUGCAUUAAAUUCAUUACAACAAUCGAAUAUUUCUUUAACAGAUCAAAAUGUAUCUAGUAGAAAACAACGAAAACAAAGUCAAACAUCAUCUGAUCAAUCAAUAAAAGAUUUUAUAUCACACACAAUCAAUACUAUUUUUCAACGUAUUGGAUCUCAAAAAUCAACUAAACCUGAUUAUGAUAUUCCUCUUGAACGAACAAAUAAUUCAAAAAUACAAACACCAUUACUAUCAACUAGUCGUCAUAAUGGAAAUCUUUCUGAACAAGUUCGACAUAUUUCACAAUUACCCAAUACAGUUUGUUCGAAUCAAUCUAGUCCAUUAUAUGAUUAUAUUAGAGAUCCUCGUCGAUGUUUGCUCAAAAUAGAACGUGACAAAGGUCUUGGUUUUAUUCUUAGUGCCACUAAUGAUUAUGAUCAUACAAUUACUGCUGUUGAAAAAAAUUCUAUAGCUGAUAUUGCUGGUUUACAAGUCAAUGAUGAAAUAGUCGAAAUUAAUGGUAUCUAUGUACGAAAUGUUAAAUAUGAACAGGUCAUUGAUAUACUUAUGUCUGCAAUGCAAACCCAUAAUACAAUUGAAAUAUGUGUUAUUAAUAGUUGUUUGAAUGAUAUUUAUCUAUCAUCAAUUGAUACAAAUAAAGGAGCAAAUAUUAAUAGUUUAUUAAAUAGUAAUAAUACAAAUAAUAAUAAUAAUAAUUUAAUGAUUGCAACGCGUAUGACAGCUGUUUCGGGUAAUGAUCUUUCGGAUAAAAAUCAUACAAUUGGUCUUAAUCAACAAACAAUGAACACAACAUAUCUUAAUUUACAUGGUCAAUCAAAAAAUUCGAAUAAGAUUACCGACCGUAGUCUCUAUGGAAGUUUACCAACACUUACUACAGGAAUCACUGCUUCGCCUAUAGAUCAUCGUGCAACAACGAAAACUACUUCAAUUUCAUCGGAAAAAAAUUUAAAUACCAACAUAUUAGAUAUUUAUAAAAAAGAUGCACCUAGUGCAAGACUUUGUCGUAUUCGAAAAAUUCCUUCAUCACCUUUCUAUGGUUUCUUUCUAUGUGGUAAUAGAAGAAAACUUGGUCGCAUGUUUAUUUCUAAUGUAAAAAAGAAUUCAUCAGCAGCUCUUUGUGGAUUACGUAAUGGUGAUCAUAUUAUUGAAAUUAAUGGUACAAAUAUUCAAACAUUAACUUAUGAAACAAUAUUAAAUAAAAUAAAAUUACAUAUGGAACGACAUGAUCUUGAAUUACUUGUACUUGAUAAAAAAUCUUUACAUUGGUAUAAUGAACGAAAUUAUCCAAUAACAUUACGAACAUUACCAACUAUUGUUUAUAUUGAACCUAUUAUUAAUAAUAUGAAUUCUGAAACAGAAUCUUCAUCAGUACUUGAUAGAAAUAUGAAAAAUGUUGAUUUUAUUGAUCGACAAGUAUCGACAACUAAUCUUUAA